UUAAAAGAAAGAAGAUAUCAAUAACAGACUACCACAUCUCUCUCAUAUAAUUCCUGUCAACAUUCUCAUUUUCAUUCUCUCUCUUCAUUUUCAUUUGCAUUAAUUCCUGUUAAGUGUUAACGUUCUCAUUUUGAUUCUAUCUCUUCAUUUCAUUUUCAUUCUCUCUCUAGGGCGUAUCUCUUUUUCAAAGCAACCUUUUCAAAAUCUCCCAAUUAAUUGAGGUAAUGAGUGAUGAGUGAAGACACUAAUCAACCUCAACCGAAGAACAUGGAAAUGGAGGCUGGAAUACAGUUUCCAUGGAUACCAGAAACUCCGGUAAAACCUUCUCCCAAUAGGCAGAGGAUAUCAAAUAGGGAUGAUGACUCUACUUCUGCAGAUAAAUUGGAUUUUGAUAUACUAAACAUCGGAGAUGAGGAUGAUGCAUCUGCCGCUGCUGCAAACAAUCAAGUCCCCAAUGCACCUUCUCAAUGUGAUGAUGGCUACACCAGCCAUGAUGAAUUGAAAACUCUAAAUCCACCGGCUUCAAAGAAAAGAAGAGGGGACAACAAGAAGAAAGGGUCAAAUAAUAAUGGGCAGCAUACAAAAGUUAGAAAAAAAAUAUAUAGACCAAGAAUAUUGAUUGAUGAAAGCCUAAACACUAAGAAAGUAGGAAAAAAAUCUCAACCCAAAGCCCCAAAAACCCCAAAGAAGAAAAAGACUCCAAGUAGGACCCCAAAACCUUCAACUCCCAGUAGGAAGAGAAACCAAUCAAAAAGAGCUCCUUCAUGCAAGUUAUUACUAUUGCCAUUACUUAACGAUGAAGGAAGAGCCUCUCUCCCAUUCUUGGGGAAUAAUGUCAAUAAGUUUGAUCAAGAAUAUUUUGACUUUGAGAGUUCAAUUUGCAAGAAUGCAUUAGGUUCUCAAUACAACUUACUUGAGACUUACCAAAAAUUGGCAUCAUUUUCAAGUUCUUGUUUGAUGCAUAGCAGGCAAGUUGGUGCAAAUUUUCCAAGCAUUUGCAGGAGAAAAAGAAUGAAAAGGAUCAGAGCAAGGUUAGAGAAAUACUUGACCCCUUUCAAAAAGGGUUUGAGGUCAAAGAUUUUCAUUAGAAAGAAAAAAAGUUGCCUAGAAAAGUUUACCAUAGAAGGAUUGACUACUACCAAAAAGGAAAUGAAGUCUCUGAUCAGGAGGAUACGAUCAUUGAAGAGGAUGAAAAAAAGUGGAAAGACGAAAGGAAAAAAUGGUCAACUAGUUGUAUAUAAAAAAGGAUUGGGUGGUGAUCGAAUGUUAGUACCUUAUAAGGAACAUGAUCCUAAUAAUAAGAAGCUGAGAGUAGAGGUUGCCCUUGAUGAAGAGACGUUGAGGGUGUGGAACUUAAUCAUGGAUGGAAAAACACAUGAAGAUAGUGAUGACUUGAAGCAACAGCAAUGGGAACGUGAAAGAUUUGCUUAUAAAUGUAAGGUUGGAGUAUUCAUGGUUAAAAUGCAUGAGUUGCAAGGCAGUAGGGAGUUCUCACCAUGGAAAGGUUCUGUCUUAGAUUCUGUAAUUGGAGCUUACCUUACUCAAAAUGUAUCUGAUCAUUUGUCAAGUUCUGCUUACAUGUCACUUGCUGCAAGAUUUCCCAUCAAAUCAUCAACCAGCUCUGAUUUAUGUAUAGAGGAUGUACCUCGUGUUGAGAGAUUACAAUUCAUUGAAAGCAAUGCGAUUUUUCCAGGAGAUAAACUUACUGAAGAAUUAGAAAAUAUCAAAAUUGAAGAAAUGGGAGCUCAUAAUGUAAAAGAAGAGCCUUUUAAAUCCAAGGAAGAGGAAACAAGAGUAAAGUUACUAAAAGAGGUGGAUAAAGAAACUAGAGAACGUUGGGAUAAACUUAGAAAAGAGUACGGUAAAAGUAAAAGACACAGUGACCAUGAUGACUCUGUUGAUUGGGAAGCAGUGAGAUGUGCAGAUGUGAAGGAAAUUGCUAAAGCUAUUGCAGGUCGUGGUCAACACAAUGUUAUUGCUGAAAGAAUAAAGAGUUUACUCAAUGAAUUACAUGACUCGUAUGGAGAUUUGGAUUUAGAAUGGCUGCGAUAUGCUCCACCAACGGAAGCAAAGAGAUGCCUCUUGGACAUUUAUGGAUUAGGACUGAAAAGUGUAGAGUGUAUACGACUUUUAACCCUCCAGAACAAAGCUUUUCCUGUGGACGUAAAUGUUGGAAGAAUUGCUGUGCGUUUAGGAUGGGUUCCCCUCCAACCCUUGCCUGAAGAAACACAAAUACAUAAUUUAGAGAAGUACCCAUUGUUUGAUAAUAUUCAAAAAUAUCUUUGGCCACGGUUGUGCCAUCUCCUUCCAAAGGACUUGUACCAGUUGCAUUAUCACCUAAUAACUUUUGGAAAGGUUUUUUGCACAAAGAAAAAUCCAAAUUGCGAUGCUUGUCCAAUGAGCACAAAUUGUGAGCAUUUCAAAAGUGCCUUUGCAAGUGCAAAAUCCUUACCUGGAACAACAUCGAGGCAACCAAGUCAGGACAAAAUGGUGACAGACAACUUUUUACCAAUGCCUAUUUUUAAAGUGAAUCAAUCUUCGACAACAACAAAAUACCAAGAAUACAGAGAGUGUGAGCCAAUCAUUGAGAUGCCAUCGUCACCAGAACCAGAACCUGAGAGGAUAUAUAUGCUUGAAUUUGAAGCAAACAAUGAGGAAGAGGAUUAUCAUAGUCCUGAUGAUGAGAAGAUUCUGGUAAUGAAUCUCAGCAGUCAAAGUAAGAAAACUCAUAAUCAUUCUACACAGGAGGAUAAGAAUCAUAUGAACAUGUCAGCGUCAUUAGUAACAUUGCCUUAUGCUGGAAGCAUGCCUGCACCAAAAAUGAAAAAUGCCAGUCGAUUAAGAACCGAGCGCCUUGUAUAUGUACUUAAUGAUGGGCACCCACUUCUUGCAGAGCGUACUCCACUAGAACCUGGUGAUCCUAGCCCUUAUAGUCUAGUUAUAUGGAGUGCAGGUAUAAAUGUAUGCUUAAUAGUCAAGCUUAAUUUUGAGAUUUUUUUAUCUAACGAUGUUUUUUUACUAGACGAAUUAGAAAGAUCAGAUGAAUCAAUCAUGAAUAACUUACAAGAAAAAGAUUCUCUAACAGUGCCUGGAACUCUUUUGAUACCAUGUCGCACUGCAAUGAGAGGCCGUUUUCCAUUGAACGGAACCUACUUUCAAGUCAACGAGGUCUUUGCUGACUAUGAUUCAAUGAAAAAUCCAAUUGAUGUUCCCAGAACUUGGUUAUGGCAGCUAGAGAAAAGAAUUGCAUAUUUUGGAGCAGGAGCAUCGUCCAUUUUGAAAGGUUUGUCAGCUGAUGAGAUUAAAGAUUGUUUCUGGAAAGGUAAGAUAACAAUGUACACAUAAAUAAGUUGAAGCUAUACUUUUAUUGAAAUCAACAUGCAUGUUUGCAGGUUGUGUGUGUGAGAGCAAUUGAUGCAAAGACAGGAGCGCCAAAGUCAUUAUCAUGAUUUCACCGCAACACAACUGUCAGAGCUAAAAUUGGUAACAAGAUAAUCCAAGAAAAAGAAGUUAAAACAGACAACAAGACAAUCCAAGAAAAAGAAGGGAUAACGAAUUAUGUAUUUAUUCAUAAUACUCUUUACUUUUAUUUUUUUAUAUUAAGACUUUUAGUUUUAUGCAUUUUUUUUAAUAUAAAACUGUAUGAAGAUCCGUUGAUGCAAUACCAGGAAUGGAACAUUUUGGAUUUU